UGCAACAUGUGUUGGAUAAUUCCAGAAGAAGCUUCGCAGUUCCUUUGCUGUGGCAGUCCAAAGAUAAGCGGUUCUUCCUGAGCUCACACCGUCUGGAAGCCUGAAGACACCCUGAGAUUUUACAUCUUUAGUUAUUCUUUGUUGUUCAACAGUCCGAAGAAUCUGUUUCGGCACUUCAAACGUCGCGGACGUUUUUAUUAAAUUUCAUUAGCCUGUUAGCUGAGUUGUAAAAAUGUUGAGUGUGGCUAGAAGCGUUUCAAGGACUCUCCCGACAAGGACCUGUACAAGAAACGUGUCCUCUUUAAUCAAGAAGGCAUGCUGGAGUGGCUUCCAACCAGAUGCUCUCAGAGCUCUGUCCAGGAGGGACUAUGCGUCAGAAGCUGUGAAGGGCUCUGUUAUCGGCAUUGACCUGGGAACCACAAACUCAUGUGUCGCAGUCAUGGAGGGGAAGCAGGCCAAGGUGCUAGAGAACGCAGAGGGAGCCAGGACGACUCCUUCAGUUGUGGCCUUCACAGCAGAUGGGGAGCGUCUGGUGGGUAUGCCCGCUAAACGCCAGGCUGUCACCAACCCUCAGAACACACUGUACGCCACCAAGAGACUUAUUGGACGUCGCUUUGACGACCCUGAGGUCCAGAAAGACCUGAAGAACGUCCCUUACAAGAUUGUGCGUGCGUCUAACGGUGACGCUUGGGUGGAGGCUCAUGGGAAAAUGUACUCCCCCAGCCAGGCUGGGGCCUUCGUCCUGAUGAAGAUGAAGGAGACUGCAGAGAACUACUUGGGAACCAAAGUGAAGAACGCUGUGGUCACUGUACCUGCCUACUUCAAUGACUCUCAGAGACAGGCUACCAAAGAUGCUGGUCAGAUCGCUGGUCUGAACGUCCUGCGUGUGAUCAAUGAGCCAACGGCUGCUGCUCUGGCUUACGGCCUGGACAAAACCCAGGAUAAAAUUAUCGCUGUGUACGAUCUGGGUGGAGGUACGUUUGAUAUUUCAGUCCUGGAGAUCCAGAAGGGAGUUUUUGAGGUGAAGUCCACCAAUGGCGACACCUUCCUGGGAGGAGAGGACUUUGACCAGCAUCUCCUCAAACACAUUGUCAAGGAGUUCAAGAGAGAGUCCGGUGUGGAUCUGACAAAAGACAACAUGGCUCUUCAGAGAGUCCGAGAGGCUGCCGAGAAGGCCAAGUGUGAGCUGUCCUCCUCACUGCAGACUGACAUCAACCUUCCUUAUCUGACCAUGGAUGCCUCUGGUCCUAAACAUCUCAACAUGAAGCUGACUCGCUCUCAGUUUGAAGGCAUCGUGGCUGACUUGAUCCGCCGCACCGUCGCCCCUUGUCAGAAGGCCAUGCAGGACGCCGAGGUGUCCAAGGGAGACAUUGGAGAGGUGUUGCUGGUCGGAGGCAUGAGCCGCAUGCCCAAGGUUCAGCAAACGGUUCAGGACCUGUUUGGCCGUGCUCCCAGCAAAUCUGUCAACCCUGAUGAGGCCGUCGCCAUCGGAGCGGCCAUCCAGGGUGGUGUUUUGGCCGGUGAUGUCACUGACGUGCUGCUGUUGGAUGUGACACCACUUUCUCUAGGUAUUGAGACCCUUGGUGGGGUCUUCACCAAACUCAUCAACAGGAACACCACGAUCCCCACCAAGAAGAGUCAGGUGUUCUCCACAGCAGCUGAUGGACAGACUCAGGUGGAGAUCAAGGUGUGUCAGGGUGAGAGGGAGAUGGCGGCGGACAACAAGGUGCUGGGUCAGUUCACUCUGGUGGGAAUCCCCCCUGCCCCCCGCGGGGUUCCUCAGAUUGAGGUCACCUUUGACAUCGACGCCAACGGCAUCGUCCACGUCUCCGCCAAGGACAAGGGCACAGGCCGUGAACAGCAGAUUGUGAUCCAGUCGUCAGGAGGUCUCAGCAAAGAUGACAUCGAGAACAUGAUCAAGAAUGCCGAGAAGUACGCAGAGGAGGACAGGAGGAGGAAGGACCGCGUGGAGGCUGUCAACAUGGCUGAAGGCAUCAUUCAUGACACAGAAUCCAAGAUGGAGGAGUUCAAGGACCAGCUUCCUGCUGAUGAGUGCACCAAGCUUAAGGAGGAGAUCUCAAAGGUCAGGGAUCUUCUGGCCAACAAGGACUCAGAAACGGGAGAGAACAUCAAACAAGCAGCCAAUAACCUGCAGCAGGCGUCUCUCAAACUCUUCGAAAUGGCCUACAAGAAGAUGGCAGCAGAGCGAGACAGCAGCAGCAGCAGCAGCUCAGGCUCAUCAGAGGGAGAGAAGAAAGAAGGCCAGCAGUAGGCCUUUGCACUUGGGUGUCACAUGGUUUCCAUAAAAACAGAGGACCGUCAGGCUCGGGGGGGUUGGGGGGGCGGACUGGGUGGGGAGGGUGUCAGUCUCGAGUGACAAGCUGAAUCUUAGUCAUUCUCUCCAUAAUAUAUUAUUCUACUGUGUUUUGGCAGUAAAAUAUUCUAGUGAAAAGUUAAAUGUCAGUGUAUGUUCCUCCAUGCCCUGUUAUCUUACCUUAUCUUGUUUGUAAUUUAAUUGUCUCAAAACAGUGUCAUGUAUGUUUAUUUUUACAUAGCUGUUAAUUUACGUUCUGAGUUAGUAAAUUUUUUUCUUUUUUUGUGUCUAAGAUCAUGUAGGUUUCAUGCUUUCUACAGCUUCUUUGGCACACUGCACAGUCCUGCUGCGUCUACAUAACACACUGUACAGUCCUCUCUGGCCGUCACAGCUAUCUUGUGUUAAUUGUGCGCUUAAACAACUUGGAGAUGGGAAGUCACUGUACAACAGCUGUGAAGUGCAUUUGACUUCUUGUCAAAAACUUGUCACCUCUCUAAAAACUGAUAAACUAUUGCAGAACUGAAGAAUGAGGCGUCCUUCUUAAAAUCUGUUUAAAAAAAUAAUAUAAACAUCCACAUCACAGGCUCGUUCAGGCCCUGCGACAUCAUUGUUGUACUGAGUUAUGGCAGGAAAGACGGAAUAUAGAUAAAUAUAAUGUGUAUGCGUGUGUGUAUGAGGACGAAGUCAAGCUUUAGUUUAUUUGUCUCAUAUUUAAAAUUUAAGAAUGGAAGGCCUUGAUCUGUGAGAAACCUGACUUCUUUACAUCUUCUUGUGUAGUGCUGAUGCAAAACAGCUGAGCUUCUGUCUGUAAAACUACAGGCUGAAGGUACUGCCGGCAGCAGGCAAACUGGGAAGACGUUGAGUUGAUAUGGAUGUUGAAAUUGCACAAUGGAGGAUGAGGCCUUAGUUAACUUCAGAUUUCAGACAAACCACAGGAGGAAGAACUGGAAUGCACACAAAGCUGUGUCAUUCCCCUCCAGAAGAAGUCACUGUAGUCACUGCCACAAACUGCUCUGUGUAAAGUGAUUGUUUCUGCCUUCCUGCCUGAUAGUGAUCCAGCGAGCAAAGAGGCAGGCAGGAGCCAGCGUAUUGAAUUUGGGGGAGGUGUUCUGGUUUGUUUGAGUUCUGUUUUUUUUCGGGGGUGUGAUGUGUAUCACAGGAGUGAAAAUUACGAGUCGCAACAACUUGCUGUCUUUUGUAAUAAAAAUCUGAAAUAUGA